GACUUAUGUGCAUGAACUCUUUUACUUCCUACUUCUUAGUUCCUCUUCUUCUUCUCUCUCAUUCUGCAAACACUGCUUCUGUUUCAGUCACCACAUUUACACUUUCCACUGUUUCAACCACAAGUGGUAGCAGAUACAGAGGAGAAUAAUAAAAAAACAAAAACAGACAAGUGAUAAUAAUAAUUGAUUAUUUCACAGACCAUGAGUCUUAAUGAUGGAAAACUGGACAAGAGCAGGAUGGUCUCUGUGGCGGUCGUAUUUGUGGUGUUAUGUGGAGUUUCUUUCUAUAUGGGUGUAAUAUUUUGUUCUGAGAAAGAUAGAUUUGUCUCAAUUAGUAGCCAGAACUCCCUUGAGUCUCCCAAGGAAUCAUCAAUUAGUCCUCUGCAAAUUAAAGACAUCAGUUUUCCUGAAUGCAGCAUUGACUAUCAAGAUUACACUCCAUGCACAGAUCCAAGGGGAUGGAAAAAGUAUGGUACGCAUCGGCUUACCUUCAUUGAACGCCAUUGCCCUCCAAUUUCUGAGAGGAAAGAAUGCUUAGUUCCUCCACCAGAUGGGUAUAAGUCUCCAAUUAGAUGGCCAAAGAGUAGAGAUGAAUGUUGGUACAGGAAUGUUCCAUAUGACUGGAUUAACAAGCAGAAGUCGAAUCAACAUUGGUUGAAAAAGGAAGGGGAGAAAUUCCUCUUUCCUGGUGGGGGUACCAUGUUCCCCAAUGGUGUUGGUAAAUAUGUUGACUUGAUGGAAGACCUGAUCCCAGAAAUGAAAGGCGGGACAAUUCGAACUGCCAUUGAUACUGGAUGCGGGGUUGCUAGCUGGGGUGGUGACUUGCUGGAUCGUGGGAUUCUAACUGUUUCUCUUGCCCCAAGAGAUAACCAUCAAGCUCAGGUUCAGUUUGCUCUGGAGCGUGGUAUCCCUGCAAUUCUUGGCGUCCUUUCUACUCAGAGACUUCCAUUCCCAUCAAACGCAUUUGAUAUGGCUCAUUGCUCCAGAUGCCUCAUCCCAUGGACAGAAUUCGGCGGAGUUUAUCUCCUUGAGAUACACCGGAUUCUUCGUCCUGGAGGAUUUUGGGUCCUGUCUGGUCCACCAAUCAACUAUGAGCGCAGAUGGCGUGGCUGGAACACAACUAUCCAAGAGCAAAAAUCAAAUUAUGAUAAGUUGCAGGAAAUGUUGACUUCAAUGUGCUUUAAAAUGUACAAUAAAAAGGGUGACAUUGCUGUAUGGCAAAAGUCUCCAGAAAAUGAUUGCUAUAAUAAGCUGCCUAAAGAUACCUAUCCACCCAAAUGUGAUGACAGCUUUGAACCAGAUUCAGCAUGGUAUACUCCACUUCGUGCUUGUGUUGUGGUUCCCAAUUCAAAGUUUAAGAAAUUAGGUCUGCCUUCAAUUUCUAAGUGGCCUGACCGGUUGCACGAUACGCCUGAACGGAUUUCAAUGGUUUAUCAUGGGAGUGCUAGUGUUUUCAAACAAGAUGACAGUAAGUGGAAAAAGAGUGUUAAGCAUUACAAGAAGUUGAUCCAUGACCUUGGGACUGACAAAAUAAGAAAUGUGAUGGACAUGAAUACGGUAUAUGGAGGUUUUGCUGCAGCCUUGAUUGAUGAUCCCAUAUGGGUCAUGAAUGUGGUCUCAUCUUAUGCUGCCAAUACACUCCAUGUGGUUUAUGAUCGAGGCCUCAUUGGAACGUACCAUGACUGGUGUGAAGCUUUUUCAACAUAUCCUCGAACAUAUGACCUUCUUCAUGUUGCUGGACUCUUCACUGCAGAAAGCCACAGAUGUGAAAUGAAGUAUGUGUUGUUGGAAAUGGAUCGAAUUUUACGACCCGGUGGGUACGCAAUCAUUCGUGAGUCCAGUUACUUUGUGGAUCCCAUUACAGCCUUUGCCAAGGGCAUGCGAUGGGAAUGCCGUAAAGAAGAAACUGAGAAAGGCGGCGACACAGAAAAGAUAUUGAUAUGUAAGAAAAAGCUCUGGUAUUCAUCCAUCAAAGGUUCAAGAUGACAAACUCUGAGUCCUCAGCAGUAGUGAGAUGGUGGUGUGGUUGGAGUACUAUUGCCAAGAGUAAAAUUGAUUCGAAGUUCUGUAACAUAAUCUCCCAAGAAUCAGUCUAGCAGAUAGUCGACAAAAGAACAAUUGGUAACCCAAUAAUCUCAUUUGAUUAAUUUAUAUAGAAAGUUUUCUUAUAUAUUCAUAUAGAUUUAUUCAGUUGAAGGAGUUUGGCUAGUUUUCUCUUUGCUUUGGUUUCUUGUGUUGUUAUUUUCGUAAUCUACCAAAAAAAUAUAGAUCUGAGAGUCUUUAUAUGUCAUGGAAUGUACCUGUACCAAGAAUCCCUUUUAUCUUCCCUUUUAUUUUCCUUUUUUUAGAACACAUUUCAUGUCAAUGGAACUCAGAUGAAGGAAUGGAAGUUUUAAACCCCAUAUGAUUUCUCAUGAGUGCUACCAUUUCAAGAACAAUGAUAUUGUUGUACAUAAAUUAUUUUGCUGAGAAUAGCACCUGUUGCAGUAAUACUGAUAUAUUUUGGCUA